AUGACAGCCCUCCUGAACGAUGAAAUUGUGGGUUUUGUUUGCACGAGUCUUACUACGUCCGACUUGGUGACAGAUGAAUCCAUGAGUGUCCAUGAACCUACUGGGAAGACCAUUUGCUUGCACAGUGUUUGCACUUCUCCCGACCAUCGUGAAAAGGGUAUUGCCACUCAACUUUUACGUCAAUGGAUUGAUCGUAUCAAAAUAGUAAAUGAAGAAUUUAGAAAAGAACAUGAUGGAGAAAAAAAGUAUAACAGAAUCGCGAUGAUCAGUAGACCUGCUUUGCUAGGUCUUUAUGGACGCGUUGGGUUCAAAGAACUUGGUAUUAGCCCUAUCAUUCAUGGUCCUGAUCCUUGGAUAGAUGCUGUUUUGGAUCUCUGA